AUGGAAUGUGAGAUGCCAGGUUUUAAUUUGGCUUCUGUAAGAUCGUCUAUUGAAAUUAAUGACAAAUCAGAUGAAGACAUUCAUCAAGAAUUAUUAAGCGAUUAUGCAGUGGAAAAAGUCAAAAAGUCGCUGUUUCCGAACGAUCAUUCUAAACGAGAGACUUCGUUAGAAUUCAAAAAUCAAAUAAUUUCCAAAGGACUGUGUUUUUCUUGUACAGCUAAUUUGACUUCCCAAAAUUAUGGAGUAAAAUGUCAGUCAUGUCAGAGAGUUUACCAUGGUUCCUGCAUUAAAAGACUACAAUUACAUAAAUCAAAUUCUAACAUAUUCACUUGCAUAACCUGCUUACUGAAAUAUCAAUGUAAAAACUAA